AUGCGUACCUCAACACUUGCGUGGGCCGCCGUCACGGCCCUCUCUGCCCUCGUCGAGGCUGCCGACCUCGAGGCGUGGAAGUCUAGAUCCAUCUACCAAGUCAUGAUCGAUCGUUACGCCCAUACCGAUGGCUCAACCGACCACGAGUGUGAACUCUACAAGUUCUGUGGUGGCACAUGGGCCGGCUUGACCAACAAGCUUGACUACAUCCAAAACAUGGGCUUCACUGCUAUCCAGAUCAGCCCCAUUGUCAAGAACAUGGACGAUGACACCGCCGUCGGUGAGGCUUACCACGGUUACUGGUCUCUCGAUAACUACGCCCUCAACGACAAGUUUGGUACCUCGGACGACUUCAAGAACCUGGUCAAGGAGAUGCACAACCGUGACAUGUACCUCAUGGUCGAUGUCGUCGUCAACAACAUGGUCCAGAAGCUCGACAGCCUGCCCCCCAAGCUCGACUACUCCAAGUUCAACCCCUUCAACGAGGAGUCCGACUUCCACCCUUACUGCAACGUCACCGAGUGGGACAACAGCACCAACUACCAGGACUGCUGGCUCUACCCCUACGGCGUUGCCCUCGCCGAUUUGGCCACCGAGAAGACCACCGUCGUCGAUGAGUUUGGCAAGUGGAUCAAGCAACUCGUCUCCAACUACUCUAUCGAUGGUCUCCGUAUCGAUGCCGCCAAGCACGUCAACGAUGCCUUCCUGCCUACCUUUGUCAACGCCUCUGGCGUCUUCGCCUUCGGUGAGGUCCUUACCGGAGCCCCCGCCGACUUCUGCCGCUACCAGACCCUGAACCUGCUGCCCGGCAUGCCCAACUACAUCGAGUACUACCCCCUCAACAAGGUCUUCUUCGGUGGUGACAUGAACGAGCUCGCCGACUGGCGCUCCCAGGCCCGCGAUGGCUGCACCGACAUCUUCGCCCUCGGAUCUUUCGUCGAGAACCACGACAUGCCCCGUUUCGCCGUCUACGAUGAGGAUAUUGAGCUUGCCAAGAACGCCAUGGCUUACAUCCUUUUGACUGACGGUAUCCCUACCGUCUACCAGGGACAGGAGCAGCACUUCAACGGUAACUCGACUCCCUUCAACCGUGAGCCCCUCUGGCAAUCCAAGUACGACACCACCGCGCCCAUCUACCAGCUCACCUCUACCCUCCUCAAGACCCGUAACGCCCUCCAGGCCACGAACAAGGACUUCGCCACCACGGCCUCUGAGCAGCUUUUCGUCGAGAACACUCACCUGUGCCUCCGCAAGGGCCCCGCGGGCGCCCAGGUCGUCUUCUGCGUCACCAACAAGAGCUCCAAGGGCGACACCUACCAGCUCAGCGUCGGCGGCUUCAACCCUGGUGAUGCGGUCGUCGAGGUCACCACCUGCGGCACCAGCACCGCCGACGGCACCGGCAACGUCACUCUGUACAUGGAGAAGGGUCAGCCCCGCGCCGUCGUUCUUGCGUCCUCCAUCGACGCCACCAAGAUCUGCCCCAACGGCACCACUGCCGCUGGUCAGAGCAAGAGCGCCGCCGGCUUCAUCGGCAGCAGCAUGACCCUGGUCCUGGCUUCCGUCAUGGCCGUUUCUUUUGCGCUCCUCGCAUAA